AUGAUUCUGGUUAUGAAGCGUAAGAAGAAACAAAGAUUGGAAGCAGCAACUCAAACUCAAAAGGAUCCUCUUGAUAGAUUUGUUGUGAAAGAAUCUCAAUUUACUUUUGAAAAUCAAAUCCCUGAUGGUAAUGUUGACGAGGGUCAUGGUGAUGAUGAUAACAACACAGUAGAAGUUGAGGUGUGCACUACAGAAAUUGAUCAUGGUGAUGAUGCCAAUAAUACCGAUGAAGUUAGUGGCCAUGCUGAUGGACUUCAUGCUAGUUUGGAUGGAUCACCAAAUACUGGAAGUAACAAUGACAUCAAUAAUUCUUUUCAGCAUAAUAUAGUUGAUCCAAGAUAUUGGGAUGCAUUUGAUCCUAAAAUAGUUGAUAUUUUGGUGCAAAAGGGUCCUAAAAGUGACUUGUAUAUUCAGAAAGAUCCUAAAGAUAGAUUCUCUAGAAGGUUUUCUGCAAUAUCUUACACUUGA